CGCAUUUAAGCGUCGGCACGUCGCGGUGGGGGGACUGGCGAGGUAAGAUGGCGGCGCCAGAGGAGCAGGAAUUAUCUCAGGCUCAGACUGAGAAACUCCUCCAGUUCCAGGACCUGACGGGCCUGGAGUCGAUGGACCAAUGUCGCCGCACAUUAGAACAGCACAAUUGGAACAUUGAGGCCGCCGUACAAGACAGACUAAACGAGCAGGAAGGAGUUCCCAGUGUCUUUAACCCGCCGCCCGCCAGACCCCUACAGGUUAACACAGCAGAUCACAGAGUCUAUAGCUAUAUCGUCUCCAGGCCACAGCCUAGAGGAUUAUUAGGUUGGAGUUACUAUUUGAUAAUGCUCCCCUUCAGGUUUACGUAUUACACACUUCUGGACAUAUUCAGGUUUGCCCUGAGAUUCAUUAGGCCGGAUCCUCGGGGUCGUGUCACAGAUCCUGUUGGAGACGUUGUGUCCUUUAUUCAUAGUUUUGAAGAGAAAUAUGGUCGAUCACAUCCUGUAUUCUACCAGGGAACAUAUAGUCAGGCUCUAAAUGAUGCCAAACGAGAACUUCGCUACUUGUUAGUUUACCUCCACGGUGACGACCACCAAGACACGGAUGAAUUCUGCCGAAACACGUUAUGUACUGAAGAGGUGCUCACCUUCAUCAACACAAGGAUGCUCUUCUGGGCGUGUUCCACAAGCAGGCCUGAAGGAUACAGAGUGUCCCAGGCCUUACGGGAGAACACAUACCCCUUCCUGGCCAUGAUCAUGCUGAAGGACCGUAAGAUGACGGUGGUGGGCCGGCUGGAGGGUCUGAUCCAGCCAGAGGAUCUCAUCAACCAGCUCACCUUCAUCAUGGAGGCCAAUCAGACCUACCUGAUGUCUGAACGGCUGGAGAGGGAGGAGAGGAACCAGACGCAGGUGCUGCGGCAGCAGCAGGACGAGGCGUACCUGGCCUCCCUGCGGGCGGAUCAGGAGAAGGAGCGGAGGAAGCGGGAGGAGCAGGAGCAGAAACGGCAGGAGGAGGAGGCCGUCCGCCAGAGCGUCCUGGCAGAGGAGAGGAGACGCAGGACACUGGAAGAGGAGAAAGAGCGGAAGUCCGAGUGUCUCCCCCCGGAGCCGGCAGCGGACGACCCGGACAGCGUCAAAAUAGUGUUCAAACUGCCCAACGACACACGUGUAGAGCGGCGGUUCCUCUUCUCUCAGUCUCUGGCGGUAAUCUAUGACUUCCUGUUUUCCUUGAAAGAGACUCCGGAGAAAUUCCAAAUUGUAACGAACUUCCCGCGCCGGGUGCUGCCCUGCCUGCCCACAGACGAGCAGCCAAACCCCCCCACGCUGAAGGAGGCCGGCCUGAGCCGGUCGGAGGUGCUUUUCGUGCAGGACCUCACAGACGAUUGACAUUUAACAUAACUCCUCCCCCUCCUCCUUCUUCUUCUCCUUCUUCUUCUCCAGUCGCCCCGCCCCCUCCGGCUCCCUGUUUCUCUCUUUUCGGUUCUGUGAAACGGCCACUGUGUACAAGGGAUCACUGAAAUUUACUUUAGUUACAAUCAGGAUUUGACCCACCCACUUAACCACUCAACCAACCAACCAACAACCUGUGAACCACCUGCCCACAUAUCCUCUCUCCAUCCCUUCUUCUCUCCCUCUCUCUCGCCAUCUUUUCCUCCCUCUAUCCCAUCUUACCCACAGGUAACACGUUCUGUGAGCUGAGUGCGAAGUUAACAGCCCUGUAAAUACAACCUAGAUAUUUAAAGACAAGCCUGAAUACAGUCCCAUAUUUUUUUUUUUGUUUCUCUUUUCUUUUUCUUUUGGUUUACUUUUGUUUUUUAACGCAAAUCAAAGUCGAACAUCUAAUGUAUCUUCCAUACGAUGACCAAAUGAGUGUUGAUCGAAGUAUCUGACGGGAUGUCUGCAGCGCACAACAAAAUUUAAAACGACAAAAAAAAAAAAAUAAAUAAAUAAAAGAAACCCUACGAAACUACGAAAGGCCACAUCUUUUCUAUGUGGCUCUGUAUCUAUAGUAGUAAAGUCUGCCCAUAGUGUGCCUGUGGUAAAUCAUGAAUGCCUACUUUGCCCAUCUUCCAUCUGACUGGGCUGGUCAUGUAAAGAUGUAAUAUUCCAAUUCUAAAUUAAACAUUUUAAAACGUG